AUGCAAUCAAAAUUAAAUGCGUCAAAAACCUACGAGGAAACAAAUAAUCUUGGGAUUUGUUUAAAGAAACCAUUCAACAUUUCUUACGCUACAGUGGGAGCUCGAAUAAGGUCAUAUUCAAAUUGGACAAAGACAUCUCCGAAACCAGUAGUUCUAGCGGAUGCAGGUUUCUAUCAUACUGGCACAGAGGACGUGGUUCAGUGCUUUUUUUGUGGAUUAAAACUCCGAUCAUGGGAUGUGUUCGAUGACCCCUGGGUAGAACACGCAAGACACGGAAAACAUUGCCCCCAUGUUAGGAAUGUAAAAGGAAACGACUUUAGUAAAAGACUAAAUGAUCACAUUGAAGAAGAUGGAACUCCGACAAAACAAGAAACCAAACGAAGUCUGUAUUCAGAUGAUUUGAUCUAUACAACAGCAGCUAAGGCUUUGCUCAGUAUGGGAUGUUACAGGGACCAGGAUAUAAAAGACUCUAUCAAACUAUUUGUUGAGAAAAAUGAUACGCUGGAUUUCUCUGCCUCGGAUAUUUUGAAAAUUCUACAAAAUAGAUCGGUGUAA